CCAGGGAUGCCGCCUGGCAGCAGGAUGCCCAUGGCCGGGCUGCAGGUGGGACCACCGGGAGUCCCCCCCCAGGCACAGCCACCGCUGGCCACCCAGAGGAGAGGGGUGAAAAGGAGGAAGAUGGCUGACAAGGUCCUGCCGCAGAGGAUCCGGGAACUGGUCCCAGAAUCUCAGGCCUACAUGGACCUCCUCGCCUUUGAGCGCAAGCUGGACCAAACCAUCGCUCGGAAGAGGAUGGAGAUUCAGGAGGCCAUUAAGAAACCACUGACGCAAAAGCGCAAGCUGAGGAUUUACAUCUCCAACACGUUCACCCCGGGCAAAGAAGAAGGGGAGGGUGGUGAGCGCGUGGCCUCCUGGGAGCUGCGCGUGGAGGGCAAACUGCUGGAGGACCCGAGCAAGCAGAAGAGGAAGUUCUCCUCCUUUUUCAAGAGCCUCGUCAUCGAGCUGGACAAGGAGCUGUACGGGCCCGACAACCACCUGGUGGAGUGGCACCGGCUGCCCACAACCCAGGAGACCGACGGCUUCCAAGUGAAACGUCCGGGCGACGUCAAUGUGAAAUGCACUCUGCUGCUCAUGCUGGAUCACCAGCCCCCACAGUACAAACUGGACCCUCGCCUGGCUCGCCUGCUCGGGGUGCACACCCAGACCCGCGCCAGCAUCAUGCAGGCCCUCUGGCUCUACAUCAAGCACAACAAGCUGCAGGACAGUCACGAGAAGGAGUACAUCAACUGCAACCGCUACUUCCGCCAGAUCUUUAACUGCGUCCGCAUGCGCUUCUCCGAGAUCCCCAUGAAGCUGGCGGGGCUCCUGCAGCACCCAGACCCCAUCAUCAUCAACCACACCAUCAG